CUCUCUCUCUCUCUCUCUCUCUCUCUCUCGUUUCUUUCUCUCCAGACUCUCUUCGAGUGUCCAAUCCGAUUCAAACCUACAUGCCUGCUUGUCGGGAAUAGAAAUAGAUCGUCCUAUCGUUUAUUCAUCAUCCGGAUUCGAAAUCCAUACCCAUCCCAAAACGGGCCAAAAGCUGCCAGUCAGUUCAAAAGUCGGGUUUCAGUCACUCGCUCACCAGUUUGAAACAACUACAUUCUUCAAUUCUUCGAUACAUUGGGCUGAGCCUUUAUUAUACUUUUUCCGGACAUUACGAUAGGAUAUUUCUAUUCGACAAAUCCAAUUCCCCGGAUUUGUUCUGAGAGGGAAGAUAAGAAAUCGCCACUAAUAAACGACGAGCUUAACUGGAGAAAUCCCAUCAACCACACGAGUCGUCAAACUCAAUUGCAUUACGUUAUCCCGCCCAAGAUGCAGCAGACAUCCCGCUUCCAUAUGAUCCGCACCCGCUUCUCGCCCAGCAACCUGCGGACGUCGCUGCGGCGGUCCUCGUCGGCGUCCACAGCCACCACCUCGUCCAGACUGAGCUCGGGCUCAUCGGGCUCGGCGUCGCCCGUCCACGCCAUCAACGCCGUGCUCUUCCGGCAGCCGUCGAUCCUCGACAUGGAGGCGGAGAAGAGACGGUCCGGCGUCGAGCUGAGCGUGCUUGAGCCUCGGCCCAUCGUCUACUGGGGCGGCCUCGAAGAGCGAAUGGGAUCCUUGUAAUUGGAGACUCCCUUGCCUUCUACAAACCAUCUCAUCACACCUCAGUGGUCAUGAGAUCAAUGCUUGCGGCUUUGAAAGUAUAACCGCGAGUUACUUCCUAUGAAGAAGCUCUCUCUUCGAUUUCUUCGCAUCUUUUUCUUCACACACACACCUUUUACGUCUACCAGCCGCUUACGGUGGACGUGACAAGGAUUUUAUUCAUCACUGAUCAGUUCGGAUCACUCAGGUAUGGGGGCGGGAAAACCCUGGGUAUUGAUUUGUUCGCUUUGCUUGCUUCGGACGGUGCGGUGGGAUUAAUGAUACGUCUUCGGUACAAGCUUGGCGUUUGGUGGUACUAGGAGGGCGUUAAUGGGCGUCUGUAGAUUUCUUCGCGGGGAAGGGGCCGCUUUAUAUUACAGCUCGGUUGUCUUGCUUGCGGAAGGGCAUCAUGAAUUUCUGAGCCUGGCCAUAGAUACUUGAAGUGAAUGUCAUCGUGCGGCUGCCAUAGGACUAAAUAUGAGAUACACAAAAUGAAAUAAAGUUAAAACAAAAGAUGAAG